AUGAUGAGCGCGACCGGCGGUUGGAGACAGAAUUCGUCUUAUGCAUCCGUUAAUUAUCGAUCUUCCCGUGAAACAUGGAUUGAAAGAUCUGAAAGCGUUAUAACAAUGACGGAAGAGAGGACGAAACGUCUGGAUGAUUACAUAGAGAUUGGACGUUACGUGAUUUUUGUAUGUAUCCUGGCCGAACUGAUGAUCCUACCACAGGUCUCGUCGAUGGUAUACAUGAUGUAUGCAGGAGCUUCUCCUUCGCUAAGCUCAUGCGAGGAUGGUUUCGUGUUCAACAGCGAGCUUGAAGAAAAAGAAAUUUGCACGAUUUACAAUCAGAUUCCACCUGAAAACUGCUCAUCUCCAUCAUUACGGUAUCAAUUCAAGUCGGUGAACGUUGAGUGGAAUUAUUUCUGUGGAAGUGCAAAACUCAUAAAGAAUUCAAUCUCACUUCAAAUGCUAGGAGUGUUGGUGGGAUCGUUGGUGUUCGGUCAGAUUAGUGAUAUGUUCGGUCGACGCAAGGGAAUGCUCUGCACUACAACUGGAAUGGCAAUCAGUUGGAUUUUCGUUGCUAAUUCAACCACUCUCACGCAAUUCACAAUUGCUCGAACUGUUGUUGGAUUUUUCUGUGGAGGAAGUAUAGCGGUGUUGAACGUAUUCAUUAUUGAAAAUAUCCCGAAAAAGCAUCGAAUGUGGAUAAAUAAUGCGAUCACAUGGUCCCCCAAUAUGCCACCAAUUGCUCUUCUCGCAUGGCUCACAAGCGAUUGGCGCUGGCUUGCGUUUGUGAACGCCGUCGUUUGCUUGCCGGGAAUUUUAUUCUGUUUAUUGUUCAUAAGUGAAUCACCACGAUGGUUGAUUCAUAAAGGAAGGAUUGAUGAGGCAGGAGAUAUCAUGAAGAAUAAAUUUUGUCGGGAAAAAGACGUUGAUGACGUCAUACCUAAAGUUGUUCGUGGAGAAUAUGAGCUUGUGUAUCGAAAUGAUGCAAAGGAACGAAAAUAUUCUAUCCAUCACUUGUUCUACUCCAAAAAUCUUGCAACCACAACCAUUGUUUUGGCAUUCAGCUAUUUUUCAACUUCAAUCGUCAACUAUGGGAUUCUAUUCAACUUGGAAAAAUUAAGUGGAUCGAUAUAUCUCAACUCUGUUUACUCAGGUUUAAUAAGAUAUGCAUGUAAUUUGACGUGCGGUUAUGCGGACCUAAAAUGGAAAAGGAUUGGCAGGAAAUUUGUGCACACCUCAGGACUUCUUAUUAUUAUAAUAUCUCUUACAGUAGUCGUUUUUGCGUACUUAUUUGAUCUCAAUCACGCUCUCAAGCAAGAAAUCCGUAUAUGUGUUUUAAUUGCGAGUUCAAUGACAUCACAGAUUUACAUCGCAGACGGUAUCGUAGGCAAUGAACUAUUUCCGACACCUAUCAGGAAUCUGGGCUACUCCUUCCUACAAAUAUGGAAUCGUGCGGGUGUUGUAGUCUCACCGUUUGUCUUCUAUUCGAUAGAUCUAUGGAUAGGACUACCGUACUGCAUUAUGACUCUCUUCUGCAUUGUUGACACAAUAGCGUUCGAGUGUCUUUUACCAGAAACUAAAGGAAAGCAUCUAGUGGAACACAUGCCAGGACCAGAGCAGAGACUUUUUAAAGAGCGCAAAUAUCGGAAAUCAAGGACGGAACAACUUUUGUCUUCUGAGGCUGAGAUAACAUCAACGCUUUGA